AUGCAGCAAAGAGCGCGGGUGCUUCUAGCGGCGUUGUGUGCACUUACGUUUUGUUUCAUCAGCGUGAAUGGGCUGGGAACAGUGCUACUUCCGGGCGACGUCUACAUCGAGUUUAUCGGCUCCGUGUACUCCGGCAGCUCGUGUCGCGUACCGGAUGUGAAGGUGCUGCAAGCGAUCAACGCAAUCAAGUGGACGCUUGGGCGGCUGAACGACGUCAACUUCACCAACGGUCUGAAGCUGGGUCUGAGGGUGAGCCCGACGUGUCAGUCUGUGGAGAGGGCCACCCAGGUUACACACCAACUGAUUGUGGAGAUGGGAAACAACGACACAAUCGACGUCGUCGGUGUAAUCGGCUCCGAAUUCAGUUCCGAGUCUGAAGCCAUCUCGCGCAUGCUCAGUUCGAUGCCUGACCAGUAUCGUUUGCUGCAGGUCAGCUGGGGUGCCACUUCCGCCUCACUGCGCAACCGCGAGCUGUACCGGAACUUCUUCAGGACCAUCCCAGCAGACGAUAUUCAAGUUCAGGUAAUGUACGAGUUUCUCGUGGCGGCUCGCUGGACGAUGAUCACGAUGAUCUACAUCAACGACUCGUACGGGCGCGGCGGCUUCCGGGAGCUAUCGGAGAGACUGGUCGGCUCCGACAUUUGUGUGGUUGGCACCGUUGCAAUAGAGCCUGAGAAAUACAAUGUCACCAUGCUAGAAGAUGUAGUGAGGAACAAGGUCUACAAGAUCAAUGAAACAAGAAACGAGCCGCCUGUAAGCGGUAUAAUAGUGUUCGGAAGCUAUCAAAUUCUUGAGGCUUUGUUCCAAGCAAUACACAAUCUGGAAAACGACAACAAAACUGCUCACUUCAACAGGCCCAGCUUAAUUCUUUCGGAAACCGGGACAUAUUUUGAAGGCAAAUUUCCUAAUGUUUCGAAAGGCGCGUUUGUGUUAAGCCCCCCUCGGCGAAUAAUUUCCGAGUUUCAAACCCACUGGAAGAACAGUCUUACAAUAUCGGAGACACUGAAAGCAGAAGCCAACGCGAAUCGAUUUUUCAAAGAAAUGUUCGAAGGUCUCAUGAACUGUCAGUUUUCCAACGAGGUGCAUUUGAACUAUUGCCGCCCAAUGGCGCCAGAGGAACAGACCAUGCACGCCGCGCAGUCAAUGUACACGCAAUACGCUAUUCAGUCUGCUCUUGUAACAGCGUUCUCCGUCAAGCGCGUUCACUCGACGGCGUGCCUGACCGGCGGGGCUUGUGAUGCGUUCAAUUUCGUGAAUAUGACCAAACGGUCCGCCUUUAUAGAUGCUAUUCAAAACCAGAACAUCGUCUUUGAUCGUGACUUUGGUGGUUUACGCCUGCAGGAGUUUCAGAGCCAACCCCCUCUGACUGCGCUGACCGUGCGGUUCGAGGGUUCCUCCGACGUGAAGUUCGUACCCAGCAACAUGUUCCCCGAGUAUGAGCUCUACAACCACCGACUGGAUUCCGUGCGGUGUUCCCAGAAAGAUGCCCCUUGCCUCAUCAAGGUUGCCACGUAUAAUAAGCUGACCUCCCUGGACAAGUCCCUGCUGUCAGACAUUCGUGACUAUGAAGAUAACAACACUGUGCUGUCUUGGCCCAAUAUCCGGAAGUCACAGUGUACGGAUGGCUACCGAUCCGAUUUCUGUCUGAGUCAAAGGUCGGACCCGUCCGUUCUUUAUCAUAAGGGUGACAUGUACAUCGUUGGGAUUGUCCCAGUGCACAAUACGGGUACCACGCCUCUAAAAUGCGGAAACAUUAAAAGAGGCGGACUGGACAAUGUUGAAGCGAUCCGAUAUGGAAUAUCAACUGGAAGUGGCGCGUUUGGUGGUGCCAAGAUCGGAGUCAUCCUGAUUGAUAGCUGCAAUGAUCCACAGAUCAUACAGGAGAAGAUCCUGACGCUGCACAGGCUGGGAGUGUACGUCGACGGAAAGUAUGAGCCGGUGGCCGACAAGAUCUUGGGAUAUGUAGGGGGCUGGGGCAGUGACGUAACCACGGCCGCCGCCAAGAUCACCAGCCGACUGGGUCUCGUACAGAUCAGCUACGCCUCCACGGCGCCGUCGCUUAGCGAUCGCGACGUAUAUCCGUACUUCCUGCGCGUCCCAAGCGCCGACGACUACCAAGCAGCGACGCUACUCAAGAUCGUGAAGGCGCUCGGGGGCAGUACUAUCCAGGUCAUAUACAGUGAGACAAUCUAUGGCGAGGGUGGAAGGGGUCUUAUACAGAAACUCGCGGCGAAGCCGGAGUACAACCUCUGUAUCGGCAACGAGAUUGGCGUCUCCAAGAACACCGACCCGACGACCAUCGUGGAGUCGCUCCGUAAGUCUAAGGAAUCGCAAAUAGUCGUCGCUUUCAUCGGAUCGUUCGAGCUGGAGUAUAUUAUCGGCUACUUGAACGAGAAAUUGGAUCUUAACGAGUUCCUUUUCGUCGCGUCCGAAGGUUGGGGGUUGCGUAGUGACAUGUUCAGGUACCGGAACCUCCAGGGCACGAUCACAGUUGUCUCUCGCCUUUGGACCACUGAUGGGUUCAAGUCUCACCUUAAGGCACUGCGACCCGACAACAAGGACAAUCCCUGGCUCCUACCCUACAUGGAGAUGAUCUAUGGCUGUUAUUUUGAGAGCAGCUUUGACAAAUCUUCUUAUAGGAAAUGCAACGGCACUGAGAAUCUGGAUGAAGCAAAAGGCGUGUACAGUAUUGACUCAUGGGCGCCGUUCGCUGAACGAGCCGUGUCCGUUCUGCUCAAGGGAGCGGCGUCCACUCUGCAGAAAGUGUGCGGUACCGCCCUGUCUGUCUGUCCGGAGUACUACAAUUCCACCGGCGUGCUGCUGACGGAAGUGAAGCGACAAGAGGAGCUUGCGGAGCCCCAGGACAUCGCCACGCGGCGCGUCUUCAACGACAACGGCGACGGCACGAUAGGCUACCGGAUAUACGCCAUAGACGUCAAUGGGAAAGCCAAUAAGCUGGGUACCAGUGACAGUCUCGGGUUCCAGUUUCCGGUACUGCAGUACUACACCUACCGCCCUAGUGCUUCCAUUACAACCAAAUGUACCGACGGCGUCGUUUGUCGGAAGUGCUACACGCAACCCACCUCGCCGCCCGGGAGUGGACAGACGGCGUUCCCAGGGGGCGCUGUGGCAGCAAUCGUAGCGCUGGCGGUUUUCGCGUGCGUCCUCCUCGUGGUUCUCCUCUGCAUCUGGAAGCGGACCGGAUGUCAUUUGAGAUGUGAUGCCUUAAACCCACCAUUAGAUGACACAUACCUGACCGCACCCUUGGACAACACGUACCUGACGGCGAUAUACGCAGAGCAGCGGCGAAAUCAUGGCGUAGACGGAAGUGAAACGCCGACCACAGUAAUCAAGACAACUGACGACUACCACCUCCUGAAUCACAAACGGGUUGCGAUGGAGCGGCCUGCUGGUUCGUUUCCAAGGGGCGAUAAUAUCCAAAGCGUCGCGGUGUUGCCAGGGAACGAAAAUGUGACUUCAGUGGUGCCGUGUGUCGGCACUUUAAAUUCAAAGUCAUCGGACAACAACUUGCAGGCUCCGCCAGCACACGAUUUAGGCGCUUUUAAGACGUCAAGUAAACAUGUAACGCUGUCAAAAUCUGACCUGACAGCACCGAUCCAUAGCAACAUUCCAGCCCUUGAACAGCAGGGCGCGUCACGUGAUGCCGUGGACACCGUGACGGGGCUUUAAUAUACACAUGUGAUUUCCGUGGAAAAUUGCACGUAUGGUGGUUAUAUAUUUCAUUAUUGGCGUCGCACUGAAGUGCGGCGACUAGUAUGUAAUACGUUUUUUUUCGCUUAUGGGAGGAG